AUGGAUAAUCGUCGAAAACCACAAAGCUAUCAUCGUUAGAGAACUGGAAUAUUAAUAAAUAAUAAACAGCCUAUAAGAAAGAAGUCACAGAAAAAAACAUACUCAAAAGCAAUUCAUCCCUUAAAUUUACAUACAAGAGCAAUGUCUUAAAAAAACUUAGAUUUUAUAUCUUCAGAAAGGUAAUAUCCUGAAAUAUGUGUAAGUUCAGAGUCUUCAAGAGAGAUGAUGAUUGAAGAUAACAAAAGCUGUUGCUGUUUCGAUUGCAGUAAACCAAAUAAGAAAAUGAAAAGUCUUUAAAAGAAAUUCGGUUUGUUUCGGACAUAAAUGUCAAUAGUUAAAUAGUAGAGAUUACACAUAAGAUUUCAGAAUGCAGUUUAUUGCAUUAUCUAUUUAAUUCAAAAGAGAAGAAAACAACGAUUGUUAGAUAAACAGAAGAAAAUGUUUAGAUAUAAAACCAAAGUAUUCAUUGAUGGCUCACCCCUCUUUCCUCCACAAUAAUAACAUCUAGUUAAUUUACAUGAUGAAAAACAUUAAGUGAAUUAACAUUCGCAAUCUAUUUAGGCUAAAAUUUUUGAUUAAAGACAUAAAUAAAGAUAAUCAGUAAGAAUAUAUUUGUAAUAAAAAUUACAUGAUAAAGGUAAUAGUAAGUAUUCACCAUUUAGAUUCGCAAAUAACAUUACCAAAGAUUUCAAAAUUCAAUUAGACCACUUAUACUAAUAUUCAACCCUUAAGAUUCCCAAAAACUGAAGAAUAAAAAUCACCAAGAUAUUCUACUUAAUUAAAAAUAUAUCAUCAUACUGAACAUAGCCCUUCUGCCAUCUAACAUUCUCCUUAUUUAAAUCAUCUAACUUCACGUAAUCCUACUGAAACUGUCAUUUAAUCCUCUUUCAGUAAAACCUCUAGACCAUUAACUAAGAGUAUUUAAUCAGAAAUACUUACUCAAAAACAUUAAUUUCAUUAAAGAAAGAAUACAGCUGCUACAUUAAAAGGAUUAAUUUGA